AGGAUAGGCAAUAUUGAUCAGCUGUCAAACUAGAUUGGAGACCGAACACAAUGUCUUUUGAAAGAAUCCAAAACAAAUCACAGAAUGGGGUUAUUCAGCCCAUUCUUACAGUGAAUGGGCUAGCAAUGGAUCUGUACCAAAUCACCAUGUCCUACGCCUACUGGAAGAGUGGCAAGAUGAAUGACCAGGCAGUGUUUGACCUUUACUUCCGCAAGAACCCCUUCAAGGGGGAGUUUACAGUGUUUGCUGGUCUCGAAGAGGUUGUGAAGUUCCUGCAGAAUUUCAAAUUUUCAGACAGCGAUAUCACCUACCUGCGCACGGUAUUACCAGAAUAUGUCGAAGACGAGUUCUUCGACUACCUGAAAAAUCUGACAGCGAAGGAUGUGACAAUGUACGCUAUAGACGAGGGGACAAUCGUGUUUCCUAAGGAGCCCCUUAUUGUGAUAGAGGGGCCACUUCCUGUAGUGCAGCUGAUGGAGACCCCUCUACUCAACCUUGUGAACUAUGCUAGUCUGGUUGCUACAAAUGCCAUGAGGUUCAGACUUGCUGCGGGGCCCAACAAGACACUGCUAGAGUUUGGCCUACGCCGAGCCCAGGGGCCAGAUGGCGCGCUGUCUGCGUCACGUUACUGCUACCUGGGAGGAUUUGAUGGUACAAGCAACGUGCUGGCAGGCAAGCUGUAUGGUAUACCAGUGAAAGGCACACACGCUCACGCCUUUGUAACGUCUUACACCGCUCUUGAGGAUCUGCAGUUUAGGGAAAUGAAGCCUGUAGAUGCAGGAAAAUCGGUUGACUUUGUUGAUUUGUGUUUAAAAUGGCAAAAAAACAUGUGUGUAAUUGUAGGAUUUCUACCAGACCAAGUCAGUGUUGGAGAGCUGGCAGCCUUCAUUUCCUAUGCGCAGGCUUUCCCGAAAGGCUUCCUGGCCCUUAUUGACACCUAUGAUGUGAUCAGGAGUGGCCUACCCAACUUCUGCACUGUGGCAGCAGCCCUAUCAGACCUGGGCUACCAGUCCCAGGGGAUCCGUCUGGACAGCGGGGAUCUCUCCUAUCUCUCAAAAUUUGUCCGGGAAACAUUCCAGAAGAUUGCAACCACGUGUCAACUUCCCUGGUUUGAAGACCUGGUCAUCGUGGCCAGUAACGAUAUAAAUGAGGACACAAUACAUUCCUUGAACCAACAGGGUCAUCAAAUAAACAGCUUUGGUAUUGGUACACAUCUAGUCACGUGUCAGAAGCAGCCAGCCCUGGGCUGUGUCUACAAGCUUGUUGAAGUCAACAAAAAGCCGCGUAUCAAACUGAGUGAGGACGUGGAGAAAGUCACGGUACCAGGCAAGAAAUUUGCCUAUCGACUGUAUGGAGCAGAUGGCAAUGCCCUGGUUGAUCUCAUGCAGCAGCCGGAUGAAGAUCCUCCUAACGUAAACUCCAGAGUUCUCUGUAGACACCCUUUCCAGGAGUCAAAGAGAGCCUAUGUGAUUCCGGCCAAGGUGGAAUGUCUACACAAAGUAUACUGGAAGGAUGGACAGGUUCAAGCUCCGUUACCAGCGCUGAAGGAUCUGCGCACGAAGGCCAUACAAUGCUGCCAGUCUCUGCGUCAGGAUCACAAGCGUGCGCUGAAUCCAACACCUUACAAGGUGUCUUUGAGUGCCAACCUGUACACGUUUAUGCACGAUCUAUGGCUGGACAGUGCUCCUAUAGGGGAGCUGUCUUAGGGACACAUAACAUACCAAGAAAAAUGCGUCUUAGCAAAUCCAGUCAGUUAUUCCAGCCAUGAAGAAAACGGGCAGCAGGAGUUUUUUUUGUUUCCUUUCUGAGGAUCAUUUCAAUAGAUUGUUAAUAUAAUAAAUUAAAAAAAAAACAUAUCCAGUUUGAAAAUAUUUGUAGUUAUAAUACUUAUUAUUAAAAUAGCUUUUUUUGCAGAGUUAUUGACAUUUUGAUGCGCUGUUUUCCUGAUGUAUCAUAUAAAUAGUUUAUUUUAUCUCAUUAUUAUUUUUCUUACUUUUGUAUUAUGAAUUGCAAUAUUAAUUGAUCAAAACCAAAGACAAUACCAUGUAACAGGUACAAAGAACAAAUAAUUAAAAUCAAUUAUGUAUUAGUUUUAGUUUUUAAAACAGUUUAAUUUAUUAUUUUCAACAAUCGGUUUCGUUGUCACAUAGACAAUGUAUUACAUUAUUGCGGGUAUUUUGUAGUUAUUAAUAUUUAUACUAUUUGACACCUAUUAACAUUACUUCUUGUAUUAUUAUAUUGAAUAUUUAAAAGAUACACAUAAUUUCAUGUGUGCAUUCAUACGAAUUAAUUAUGUUAACAAACUUAAACAAAGUCAGGUUAUUAUCUUUUCCAAGAUUAUUUGGCAUCUUCAAUUUAUAGAAUUAGGAUAUAUAUUUUUUAAUGCAAACUCGUUCUUGCUACAAUGUUUUAUUGAAAAUUUUGAAAACAAGUUUUCUUCUUAAUUGAACUUGCUGAACAAAUGAUUUCUUAAACUUAAAAUUAGUUAUUUUAUCCAUCAGAUUGUUACUCAUUAUAUACUUUUAUAAACGUGUUCCAAUUUAAUAUAUUUGUUGUUAUUGAUAUUUUAUCUUAAUUUGUGUUCUUUAUUAUUGUCCCUUACUGGUUUCACCGGAGGGCACUUAUGGUUUGCACUCUGUGUGUCCGUCAAUUGGUCAGUCUGUGAGUCUGUCACACUUUUCUGGAUCCUGCGAUAACUUUAAAAGUUCUUAAUAUUUGUUUAUGAAACUUAUUGCCAUCUAUCCAUGUUUCAAGUACAUUAUACACGUCAUUUCAUUUUGUUCCUACGUCAAAAUUAUGUUUGCUAUGGCAACAAAUAAAAAAAUAUUACUGACAAUGGUGGAGCCGGUAGGGGACAUAUAUUGCUGGGCUAUAGUCUUGUUAUUCUUGUUGUCAAAGUUUUUAUUUACAUGGAACUGCCUCUGCCUUUCCCAAAUGUAAUUAAAUAAUAGAAUUAAGUCUUUAAAUAAUUUUCCAAUAUAUAGACAAGCCCAAGAGAAUAAUAUAUAAUUCUGUGAUUAAGAGUCAAGAAAAUUAACCAAUAAGUGAACAAGUUCUAAGAAUCUUACAAUUAAUUCCGGACUACCAGCAUAAUUUACUUAAAAACAUUCGACACACUGCAGUUAAGAGAACACAAUGAUAUGAAUGUAGAAUAAAGCAUUUCGUCUACUGAAUGUAAUAAGUCAGGUAACUCACUUUUAUGAAUUUUUAAUUUUUCCCAUUUUUGUGUUUAUUUGUAUGUUAAAAUAUUAAGAAAAACUUUUUGGUAAAAAUAAUGUUUUUACCAAUUUUCUAAAUUGACCUAAGCGAACACAUGUUGUUUUCUGAAUGUAAUACGUAGUGUAACUGACAUUUUGUAUAAUUUUCAGGAGAAGCAUAAAUCUGUUUUAUUAAAAUACUAAACAUUUUUCAGUAUUCAAAUUUUCUCAUUAUUAUUAUAAUGAAAUGUGUAAAACAAAACACAACUCCAAAUUGAGAUGUCUUUUUUUCAAACAAUAAAAAAUCAGAAAGAAGCAGUUAAAUGCAAAUGCAUGUGUUUAUAGUCUGAUUACCAUACUACCCUCAUCUUCAAUCGACUUGGACGUUUGCCCCCCGAUCACUGGGAAAUAAGUCGUCCGUUUACAUUUGGCGCAGCUUGCAGCCACGGCACAUUGGCCGUAUCCCUCACAGGUACCCAAUUUUACUCAAGUUACCAUAAUUUUAACACUGAAAUAGUUUGAAUGCAAAAAGGAACGUAAGUGCUCUUAAUGUAUUUCGGAAAAUAUGCUCUCCUGAAAAGUAAACAAAAUGUCAGUUACACAAGUUAUUACAUUCAGUAGACGAUUUGUCAUAGAAAUAAUGCAUUUAUUUCACACAUGAUUUUUAUAACCUGUGUUACCAUUUGUAAUGAUGAGUUUAUAUAUAAACAAGUGCAUAUUAUUACAAAAUCAUAAUUUAUAUUAACACAAAACUGUUUGUAAAUGUUAAAUUGAAAAAUGUAAGAUGUAUGGGUUUUUUCCCCAACCAAUGUGUGCCCAUGUGCGCUGUAAAACAGUUUAAAAAUACUGUACAAACAAGGCCUCUCACAGGGAAAAAGUAAAGGGAUGGGAGAGAUGGACUCUGAAUGGAUUUCAGCUCCAGAUUGAACAGUAACAUGUUCAAUAAAGGAACCUAAAUUCUUCAAUUUGGGGUAAACAUGCAUGUGGCUGUCUUUUUUUUGCUAAACUUCGUUGCAAAACAAAAGUAUUUAAGGAACGCAUAGUUGAAGUCAUGUGUACGUCCAGACGUACAUACUGCAUAGUUCGUCAUGUUGAGAAUUUGGUAUAAUUUCACAGUUUAUUGCUUUACAUUUAUGGUAUGUCUGGUGGCUGAUUGCCAAGCCAGUGUCAGAGACUAUCCCUUAUUAAGAAGGGUAUGCCGUCUGCAUAUCGCCAUUGUGGCCUGGGGGAAGUUCAGUGUAGAAAUAAUCAGAGGCAUAAUUAAACACGGAUUUCAUUGAAAACCUGUAAGAAAUGCGAAGUAUAUCAAAUAAAUAUGCACAAUAUCACAAACAUAUAUUAAGCAUUACGAAUUUUUAUUUGAAACGAAACUGAACAAAAAGUAUGUCAAUUGUUUAUGAUGUCUUAUUCUAACUUAUUAUGAUUUGAUGUUUGGACAAGUUGGUUACAUUUAUGUUUCUAAAACAAGAUGUAAUUGACUUCAUGCUUUUAAAUUUUGUUGAAAGGUAUACAAUUGUUACAUAGUAUGUUUCAGGUGUUCAUGUAUGGUAGAACAGUUUCAAUAUGAUUCGUCAUAUCAAUUAUUGUUCAGUGAAAUGACAUUAGAAUCGUUAAUUUGGAAAGGAAACGAUGGCCAUUUGAUAUUUGUGUGCAUGUUGUAUUGUCAAUCUUUGUUUAAUGGAAAAUAUGAUUUAUAAAAGAGGUUCUAUUUUAAAAAUAUAUACACAAACAUUUAAAUUUCUUUCAACUGUUUUUCUAAGCAAAUUGUAAUUAUUGAAUUUAACUGCCUUGAAAAGGCCGCUGCACUUUUUUCCAAUAUUAACAUGUUAAAAUAUGUGUACAGGUUUGUUGAAAAUGCUUUAGAGAUUUUGUACGUAAUUAUGAGUUUGAUAAACCAUUUACACUGCUGUUAAAUAUUGUUUUUUGUGUAUUAUUAGUUAUUGACUAUAUGUCACAAUAUAGUUAAGUAUACACUUGUGUAGGAAGUUAAAAUAUUUUUGAUGAUAAGGGAUAAGCAAGUAUUGAUUGAAUCAUGAGUUUAUAUUUAUAUGAACAAACUACAGUAUCAGAAUGUAUAGAUGUAAUUGGCUUUUUUAAAACUGUAUUUCCAUUCAAUACAAUUAAAACAAUAUGUAUGUCCAUUUUUCAAACCUAAUUAUCUAAAAGCAAUAAUAUAUUGAUGAAAUCAUUAGACAGAAAUAUUUCAAAUGCAAAUAACAGGAGUUUCAUUAGACGCAGAUUUCUGCAUUUUGACGCAGGUAAAUUGAAAUAAGUUAAUUAAUUAACCGGUGUUGUUUCCUUGCAUCAUUUUGACCGAAUUAAAUCCUGACCAGCGAGUCAAAACCUCAGACACACCACGAGUGUCAUGGUAGUUUUUCUACUGACAUCACACCUGUGUAUUUGAAACACCCACAUUAAAGGGACCUAGACAACGUUAUUUCUCUCAAUUUCAUUGAUGUCACUUAAAUCAAUGUCUUAAUGGGAACAGCAUCAUAACAGCGCUAUAUACAUAUUCCUCUUUAGUAUACUAUUGGCACAACACCUGUUAAGCUGCGUCAAUGUGAUGAGUUGUUACAAAUGUCGAACCUAAAACUAUUAAAUGGUCAAAUUAUAAUGUUUGAAAUCUAAAUGAAAUUCAAAACAACUUGAAAUAACUAAAAAUUAAAAUGAAACUAUGUUCAUAAAAUGGUCAAGAUAAUAUGACCACAUGUUUUGGUAUUCACAUAUGGUAAUUAUCUACACUUACAUAGUAAAACAUAUCGCAUUAUUUCAGUUUGGUCAAUCUGUACAUUUUUCCGCAGGAAAAGUCCUACAGCAACUCAAAAAGUACUAUGUUUAUGAAACUCAAUUAAACGCUAGAUGGCAAUAUGGUGAAAAUGAUAGUUAUUAUUUUUUGUCAUCGUACCCAACUUGUUGUUGCUAUUGUUAUAGAGAUAAAUAAUACUAAUUAUAAUUGAAUAUGUCCAUAGCUGAAAAGGACUUAACCUAGAUUAAAAAAAACUAAUGGAGAUCGUGUUUUUAAUUAUAAAAUAUUAACCCGGUAUGGGGCUCCUGUAUGUGAAAAAGGCCUUUAACAUGCAUUGGAUGAUUUUCGAUGGCCUUUUGCUAUUAUUCUGGGAGAGUUUGUUUAGGGUCAUGUGCUUUUGUAUAAUAAAACCAACUUAUAUCUUUCAUAAACCUAGAACUUAUUGUAUAUAUGUAUUACACUCUAGUUUAGAUAAUUAUUGAAGUUUGAUGUAUUAAGUUCAUGUAAAUUAGAUCUCUAUCGAUGUAGGUAUUUAGAACUAUAUUGUUAUUUAUAUUUUUUUUUAAGUGGUAUUGAUAUAAUAGUUCAAUAAAAUCAAACAUUUUUUAGUUUUCUAAAAUUGUUAUUGUUAUAAUAGUCAAACGGUUUUUAAUUUUCUUAUAUUGUUAUUGGUAUAAUAGUUCAAUAACAUCAUUGUGUUUAUUGUUAUUAUUAUAAUUGUUCAUUAACAUCAAACGGUAUUUAAUUUGCCAGGGCCUGUAUUUACCAACCGGUUCAUAAACUUAAGUCUACAGUUACAGAAUAUUCUUAAAACUGUAAUGCACUAAAACUACUUUAAUGUCAAGUUUACCAUGGCAAUUCACACCUAUCAUUAUUAAAUCUUUGUUAAAAACGAUAUGUUAAUCACAUAAGCUUCUAUAUUUGCAAACUCUUCGGUAGUUUUAUUGAGUCUAAAACUUCUUUAUUCUUUUGUCUAACAAUGGGUUGUUGAUUACGGGCUCUAAUUUAAUUUUAGCUCACCUUAGCAUGAGACGCAUAUGGUUAGCUAUUGCGGUCAAUCCAUGUCCAGGGUGCAGGAUCACGUGACUUUGUAAGGUUCCCAAUUAAACGUUAAUUGAUGUAAACACACCGAUAAGUGGCGCUUUUUUCCAAUAACAUUUAUAAAAAAAAAUUCUCAAGAAUUUUAACCAGUACAUAAAGAAUGCGUAUGGCAAUGUGUAAUACAUCAGAAUUACUUUAUUUAAUAAGCCUGUCUACUGCAUUUAUGUACAUGGAUAUGGUACAUUCGUGGCGAAAUUUUGUCACCGAUUGUCAGAAGUAUUUAAUGAUUUAUUCUUACAUCAUCCGAUAUCGCCACAAACUGCAAGAAAAACUGUCUUUUAUGCACUAAAGAUGUUUUGCAAAUGUAUUUCAAUAAUUUUGAGAUGUUUGCAUGAAUUUAGUUCUUAAUGGCGUGUUAACAUUCUGUCCAGCCCGUGUUUUAACCCCUGAAAACCCCGUUGAUACUGCACUCUGGAGAGCUAUUGCGGUCAAUCCAUGUCUGGUGUCCGUCUGAAUGCGUUAUUUAUCGUCAUCAGGAUCGCAUGGUGUAGUGGAUUUGGUGUCCGCCUAGCGACCGGGUCAUGGGUUCGAUCCCCACCGUGGUAGCGCCCAUAGACACCAAGUACUGGUUCUAGUUUCAGGAAACAGACGCGUUUUAAAGAAGUCUUAGGUUUUCAAUGCAAUCAAGAUAAAAUAAACAGGUUUAAAAUGUAUAGUCCUUUUUUAGCUUGUUACCACUCAUUAAGCGUCAACUUGUAUCCACUCUCGAUAAAAUUUGAUUUGAACCUUUAUUUUGACAAUAUCUAAUCUGAAUAUUAUUGUGAGUCAUCUGCGUCGGAAAACUACGUCACCAGGUCAAAUCUUAGAAAAACCUGGUUGCAACUCGAAAGGCGCCAAACAUAUAAGUAUGACUCAGUCUUGAUAAAAAUCGGUCAGAAUGUUCAUUUUGACAAUUUCUAAUCCAUUUUUAAAUCUGAGUCAUAUGUGUUAAAAAAGUAAUCAGGGCAAAUAGAAAAAAUGGACACACUCUGGAAAUCACAUUUAUAAUUCAAAUUCGAUGACGCUUGCUCCGAAUCUUUAUCUUUGCAAUAUAUAGACCUGGUCAAAUCUUGGAAUUAGACAACCUUGUUGUCACUCUAGAAGCCCAAUGUUUUACAAAAUCUGAAUUCAAUUUUUUUCAAAAAUGUUUAUCUUUUAUCUAGGCCGAGUUCAAAGCUGGGUCACAUGAUCCAUAACAUACAUCACUAAGUCAAAUCUUGUACCACUCCAGAAGACAAAUUAAUGCCUUUAUCUUGCAGAAACCUGGUCUUCAACAAUUGAUAUUCCAAGAACUUAGUUGAGCGCUUAAGGGCAAUAAUGGCCCUCUUGUUUAUGAUGUUGUAUUUAUGCAAUCCUCUAUUCAAUAUUAAAAACUAAUGUUAGCUUAUAAAACAGUUUGUUUUCCAUCUGGUUACGUGUUUAUAAGGGUUUGUCAACAAGUUAAGUACGCAUGCAUAAGAUUUGUUUCGCAACAGUUGUGAAAUGUCAUCAAAGAUAGAUGUAUAUACAUAUAUAUAUAUAUAUAUAUAUAUAUAUAUAUAUAUAUAUAUAUAUAUAUAUAUAUAUAUAUAUAUAUAUAUAUAUAUAUAUAUAUAUAUAUAUUCAGUUAUAUAAUUAAAAAGUGCAAUAUAUCAUAGACUUUAAUCUCACUACAAGGACAUUACAUAUGUCUCAUAAAUAAGGGCUUAUAUUUCAUUAAGUCAUUUUACAACAUUUCAAGAAAUGAAUAAUAACACUUCUUAUGAGAGAGAACAUUUUCUAAUACAAGGAAAGUAUUUCUUUCGAUAGUGUUGAAUUCUGCUGUCAGUGUAGUAGCAUUUAUAUUUGAAAUAAAGUACGAUAAAUA